AAUCGCUGCCUGCCUGCUUGCCGUCGCUCGCCCCAACGGCAAACCCCCCGCUCCGGCCGCCAUUGCUGGCUUGCUGCUGCUCGUGGAAGCUCCGCCCGUCGCUGGGCCAUGGACCCGGACCCGAACCUGGACAUGGACAUGGAGAUGGAUAUGGAGAUGCUGGCCGACGACGCCGACGCGGCGGUCGCCGGCGACAGUGGCGGCGAGGGAGAGGCCGAGCGCAACGAGGCCGCCGAGGCCGAGGCUGAGGCCGAGCGAUACGAGGCCGCCGAGGCCGAGGCCGACAUCCUCCGCGACCGUUUCCGCCUCGCCGUCAUCAGCAUCGCCACCGCCGAAGGAAAGAAGGCCGGAAUGACGGUCGCCGACCCUGUUGUUGCCUGCGUCGCCGAUUUGGCGUUCAAGAGCGCAGAGCAGCUAGCAAAGGAUGCAGAGUUGUUUGCACAGCAUGCCGGUCGCAAAUCUGUCAGGAUGGAUGAUGUGAUACUCACAGCUCACAGGAAUGAGCAUCUUAUGGGCCUGUUGCGGACCUUCUCUCAGGAGCUGAAGGGAAAGGAGCCUGCCAGUGAGAGGAAGAGAAAGAAACCUUCGAAGAAGGAUGAGAGGGUGAUCGACGUCUGAUUGCAGAUAUCUGUGAUCUUGUUUAGCGAGGAAAGGCAUGCAGUGUUCUAUCUGGCGAGGUCCUCCUGACUUGUACAGCUUCCUUGUGUACCUUGUGUCCAUGCUAUAUUCCAUGCCAUUUUGCAGAACUGGCUUAUUCUACAAACUGUUUCAUCCUACUAGUCAGUUAAUGGCAUUGGCACUUGAGAGCUUGGCUUCUCAACUGAACAAGUGGGCCUUCUCAACUGCACUUAGCAUUUGUAGUGAGUCCAGGAGCUGUCCAAGUGGACAGGAAACAAGAGAUCGCGGGCAGCUUCUCUCUUGUCA